GUCCGGCGUCGUGCCAUGCUGGGACUCUAACGCCUGUUCGGAUUGCUGCUCUGUGUGGUCUUUUUUUCUUUCCUCCUCUCGCUCCUGAGUCAUGGCUCCGUUUGGGAAAAACUUCCUGAAAGCUCGACAGAAAAACAGGACAAAAGACCAAAAGGCCGAGCCUGUGGAAGGAAAGGAGAUCCAGGUGACGGUCUGCGGCGAGGAGAAGGUCGUCUGUGGAGUAACCAAGCACACAACAUGCGCCGAUUUGAUUCAGGCGCUGCUGGACGACCACAAGGCGAUCCCAGAGAGCAAGCGGCUGCUGCACGGGGAGCCCAAAGACUUCUGCCUGGUGGAGCGCUGGAAGGGUUUCGAGAGGGCCUUGCCUCCUCUCACCAGGAUCCUGAGACUGUGGCACGCCUGGGGCGACCAGCGGCCCUUCAUCCAGUUCACUCUGGUCAAAACCAGCGAUUUUGUCCCGCCACCCGCCAAGAAGGUUGGGAAGACCAAAGGGGCCAAGCAGAGGCACGGUCAGCACGGUCAGCACCCGCAGACGCUGCCGCCGGAGAGGCAGAAACGGCUGGUGAAGAAAGCUUUCCGGAAGCUGGAAAAGCUCCACAAGGAGAGCAAGAGCUCCCCGGGUUCUGAGGAGGUGGACCGAAUGGUGCAGCUCAUCCUCAACCAGGACCACACCAUCCGGGAGCAGAUCCAGCGCAUGAGGGAGAUGGAUUUUGACAUCGAGCGGGUUGAGCUGCAGAUACAGAAGGAGGCGGAGGCGGAGAGCUCGUCGUCUCCGAGUUUGGACACCUACAGCGACGAGCAGCUGCAGGAGUACCUCUACACCAGCGAUGGCGUCCAACAGCUGGAGGAGCAGGUCCAGAUGCACCAGAAGCUCAUCCUGCAGCUUUCCCGGGACAUCGACGCCGAGCUCCGGAGGGACAUCAAGGAGGAGGAAGGAGCUGCAGCGGCUGCAGCUUCCUGGACGCACACGGAGGCGGAGGAAGCGUUUUACGCCGCCGAGCUGGAGCGGCUGCAGGACCAGGUGAAACACAGCCUUUUCACCGGCGUGUCCCUUCACACCCAAACCGCAGAAAUAGACAAGAAGCUCAAGUACUUUGACGCGACGCUGAUCUCCAAGGAUCAGGAGUGCUGGCGGCUGGCUGCACAGCUGGGCUCGCUGCAAAUCGUGCAGGAAGAAGACGAAGAAGAAGAAAACGAAGAAGAAGAGGUGGAGAAGUCCAGUCCUGUCCCAGAGACUCAGUGCAGCGUCUCACAGACGGUGAAGCUCAAACACAGCCUGUCCCCGCUAGACAUUACAGACACAGACUCAGACACUGGGAUUAGCUCCACACACAGUCAGGACUCGCUGUCACCGUGUCUCGACUUCCCUCCCCCGCUGGACACGGACGUUUGAACAACCCGGUUGACCCUGCAGUUCAUUGUUCACAUGCACUAACCCCAGUUUGUUCCCGUCAUGUCCGAUUACAUUCGAGUCACAGAGUUAAACAUCUGCUUUAUUAUCAAAGAUAAACGCCAGGAAACAUGAACGGAGUUUAACUGCAGCUGAAACUAUUAGUUGAUUGAAAUAUUGUGAGAAUUAUUGUGAUAAAUAGUUUAUUUCAGAAUAUUUUUUAGCAAAAAUGCCAAACUUUCCAUGGUUUCUCCUUCUUAAAUGUAAUUUUUUUCUGCUGUUUUUUUUUUACCAUCAGGAUGAUAUAGUACAUGAAAGUGAAUAUCUUUUGGUUUUGGCUUGCCAACAAUAAAAAAGCAAUUAUCGGACAUCAUCUUGAACUUUGAUAAAGUUCCAUGGCCAUAUUAUCUUAUUUGUAAAAAAAAAUUUUAAAUGGUAAACUAUCAGCUGAGAAAAUAAUCAACCAAAUGCUCAAUACAUCAAAAAACUAAAAUGAUAGCUGGAAGUUAAAUGUCUUUUUUCACAAUUUGUACACAGAAAAAA